AAGUGGUGUCGUCUUCGUCGUCGUCUCCCUCCUCGCCUCGGCGGCGUUGACUCUGGCUAGCGUCGCCAUGAACUCUCUACUUCUCAGGCCGCUCCCUAGCGCGACCACGAGCGGGAGCCUGGUCGGUCGGGUCUCCCCGGCGCCGCUGAGGCGUCCCGGCGCGGUGGCCUGGCCCCGCGACGGGAGAUGCCGUCGCGCCGGCGUUGCGGCGGCGGGGGCGUGGAUGGAGGAGGCGGGGACGGCGGUCCUUGAGGAGGCUGCGCGGCGGAACCCGGCGUUGUCGGAGACUUACCGGCCGGCGGGGCUGCCCCGGCCCAACGGCACGGUGCUGGAGGCGCAGGGGCGGGUGUGCACGGGGCCCGAGCAGACGCGGCCGCUCGGGGAGGAGCAGGCCAUGCGCGUCCUCGACACCAUCCUUCGCUCCGCGACGGGGGAACUCAAGGACGAGCCGGUGUCCAGUGCACAGCUGGGUGCAUUCUUUGCUGGCAUGACAAUAAGAGCUAAUUGUUUUCCGGAGGCCACCCAAUGGAGUGAGGGGGAGCGACGUGCCAUGAGCCUAUUCUGGCCACGCCUUGUGCAUGUUCUUCCUCCGGAGGUGAAGUUUAUAGCAGACCCUGAAGGAACGAUCAUGGGAGCAAAUGGUUUAACAGGACCUCGGUAUAUUGGUCAAGGAACUGCAGAGAUGAGACUCGUUGGUGCUUUGAGGGAAGUGCUUGCUGGUGGCCAUUUAGGUUAUGAGGAAAUUCAGUGUGUACUAAAGGAUGUUCUACCAUUUGGAUCGAUGGGUGCAAGUUCACCAUCAGUUAGUGAAGCACUGCUAGCAGCAUUUUUAAUUGGACAGCGGAUGAAUAGGGAAACCGAUCGUGAGCUAAAAGGAUAUUGUCUAGCCUUUGAUGAUGAACUAGGCCCUCCCCCAAUUGCUGAUGUUAAUUCCUUGACACACUAUGGUGAGCCCUAUGAUGGGAAUACACGCUUCUUUAGGAGUACUCUGUUUGUUGCGGCGGUUAGAGCCUGCUAUGGUGAGGCUUGUCUCCUUCAUGGCGUUGAAUGGAUGCCACCUAAGGGCGGCAUAACAGAAGGGCAGAUGCUUAAAUUCAUGGGUGCAAACACACACUUGUCUCCUACACAGGCCAAAACACUAUUGGAGGAUAAGGAUACUGGUUUUGCAUAUCUAAAUCUCCAAGAAGCUUGCCCACCAUUAUAUUCAAUUAUCGGGCUCAGGGAGCAUAUUAAGAAAAGACCACCGUUGGCUACCUCUGAGAAAGUUCAACAAUUUGUGAGAGCACGGGGAAGGGAGUCAAUGGUUGCUGGAUUUUAUCAUGUGGGCUAUGAAGAUCCAUUGCUUAUGCUUAUGAGAAGGAGAACUGUUCAUGCUGGAUUAGUUGUGAAGGGUGAGGAAGGUGCACUUUCUUUGACAACCAAAGAAAGAUCGGCCCAUGCUUCCAAAGGGAUUCCAGUGAACCACUGCUCAGGGUUCCGGACACCAAGCAGCGCAAACUUCUCCGAAACUGACGGUAUUUCUAGAGAAAGCUUCAGAGUUGCUGUGAAUGCUCAGGAACUUGGUUUCAAGUCCACCGAAACUCCAAGAACUGAUAAAUCAGUACUGAAAAACUUGGAGCUGGGUUUGUCAGCGCUGGGUGGAGACAAAGGGCCUGCUUAUGACCGAAUAGUUCUUAACGCAGCUAUGGCUGACCACUUGUUAGGCUGCAGCGGAGCUCAGGAUAUCAACUCCGCGCUUGACAGGGCAAGAGAAGCCAUCGACAGCGGUAAUGCUCUGAGAAGGCUCAUGAACUACAUAAAAAUCUCGCACAAGGUGUCCUAGCUAGUCGCAGCCGUGUGCUGACUGUACAAUUUUGGUCCCAAUAUAUACUCUGCCUUUCUCAACUGGGAAAUCGCCUUACACGCCACUGGAAAAUUUUGUAACCCCUCGUCAUGGUAGUGUCACUGAGAAGGUAGUGUCACUGAGAAGGUGGGGCCAGGCCCCACAUGUCGUUGACGCAAGCGAUGAGAAAGUAUUGCAGUGGCCGAAAGAGAUUUGUCUUUCAGUUUGCUCAGUUGACACGGAGUGUGGACUUGCGCGAAUGCUCUCUUACCAGGCCUUGUUAACAAAUUAAGUUUAACCGAAAGGAAUCACAGUUUGUUGAGGAUUUUAUUUGCGGUGAGAAAUACUUGGUUAAUCUAAUGUUGGUCAUGUCAUCAGAGGGGGCGAUGAUCUGUAUAAACAUAUGCAAACUAUGUUCUUGAGAUGUGGCUGUGUGAAAUGCUGAAUACUUGCAUCAGCUGUGAAGGUUGGAUGUGUUAUAUUUUGUU